UUAUUUUCUGCCGGCGCAGCGGUGCCGUGUGCAACGACGUUCGCUCCAGAAACGGGGCCCGAUUUUUCCUCGCCAGCUUCGAGACGCAGUCAGGUCGCGGGAUUGCGGAGCUCCGUCCAAGCCAGAACCACCGAAGUCCGAACGAACGGCUUCCGUCACCACCUCUCGACAACUUCCCCUUCGUUGCGCCCCGAACCGCACCGCACCGCCAGUCGCAACCAUGAGCAGGGCACUUUUGCGCUCCGUCCUGGAGCUGCGCACUCCCGUCACGCGCCUCCCUCCAUCUUUCCUCCUCCCCUUCCGUCCCGCCGCUGCCGCCGCCGUCGCCGCGCCCGCCGCUCGUUUCCUCCACCAGACUGCUCAGCAAGUUGAGCCCACCAGCCAGUCCGAUGCUGCUGCUGCCGCCGCCACCCUGCUCAAGGCCACCCCACCAAAGGCCACCACCACAACACCAGAGGCUCCCGCCGCCGUUCCCACCAGCACACCAUCAGCCGGCGCCGCCGUUGCUUCCCAACAACCCCCGAUAAGCCAGCAAGUCAAGGAGCUCCUCCCCGUGCUCGCUGCGCAGCCGGGCCACUACACCACCAUCCACAUCCACGGCAAGCCGUACCUCGUGACCGAGGGCGACACGGUGAAGCUACCGUUCAAGAUGCCCGGCGUGGCACCCGGCGACGUGCUGCGCCUCAACCGGGCCUCGGUCAUCGGCAGCCGCGACCUGACGCUCCAGGGCGCGCCGUACGUGGACGAGCGCCUGUUUGAGUGCCGCGCCAUCGUCAUGGGCACCGAGAGCGAGCCGAUGCGCGUCAUGAUCAAGAAGAAGCGGAGGAACAGGAAGAAGAAGCAUGUUUUCAGCAAGCACAAGUACACGGUUUUGCGGAUCAACCAGUUGCAGAUCAAUGAUGUGUCGAACCUUUGAGUAUGAGGGGUGGCUACUGAUGAGGCGAAGGGAAGGACCAAAGAGGAAGGAGGGGAGAGGGGAGGAAACGGUGAGGUUGUAACGAAGCCGUUGAGAGGAGAUGAUGGGGCAGGGGUGGU